GCUCCUGUCGACAUCUUUCAGGAAAUGAAUUUAAAGAAAUUAGAAAUCCAGGAACUUGAACUGAAACGAGUCACGGCGGGUUGGACCGAAGAGCCGAAGAAUAAACUCUCUUUAAGUUAGUUUGAAUGUUGGGCACGCGGAGCAGAAGGAGAUAACAUGUUGAUAAAGGAAUUUCGAAUUGUCCUGCCCAUUUCUGUUGAAGAGUACCAGGUGGGUCAGCUGUACUCGGUAGCAGAGGCCAGUAAGAAUGAGACGGGUGGUGGAGAAGGGGUGGAGGUCCUGCAAAACGAGCCCUAUGAGAAAGAGAAUGGAGAGAAAGGACAGUACACACACAAGAUCUACCACUUGCAGAGUAAAGUGCCAACUUUUGUACGGUUACUGGCCCCUUCGUCUGCCCUGAGCAUCCAUGAGAAGGCCUGGAAUGCUUAUCCUUACUGUCGCACAGUUCUUACGAAUGAGUACAUGAAGGACAAUUUUCUAAUUAUGAUUGAGACAUGGCACAAGCCUGACCUCGGUGAACAGGACAAUGUCCAUAAGCUUGACCCUGAACAGUGGAAGAAGGUUGAGGUGGUACACAUUGACAUUGCUGACAGGUCUCAGGUGGACACUAAGGACUACAAACCAGACGAGGAUCCAGCCACAUUUAAAUCACAGAAGACUGGUAGAGGGCCAUUAGGACCUGACUGGAAGAAAGAACUUCCUCAGAAGACGGACUGCCCUCAUAUGUGUGCCUAUAAACUAGUCACUGUCAAGUUCAAGUGGUUUGGCCUGCAGAAUAAAGUGGAGAAUUUCAUUCACAAGCAAGAGAAGCGUCUGUUCACCAGCUUCCACAGGCAGCUCUUCUGCUGGUUAGACCGAUGGAUCCAUCUGACCAUGGAGGACAUCCGCCGCAUGGAGGAGGAGACACAGAAAGAACUCGAUAAUAUGCGAGAGAAGGAUCCAGUGAAAGGGAUGUCUGCCGCAGAUGAAUGAGAUGCUGCAGCUGAUACUAUGUUUUCAGAGCUGUUCCGUUGUGUUCUAGUAUUGGAAGAUGUCUCUGCAGUAUGACGGGCUGCUCUCGCUCUCUUCACUCCAGUAGUUUUUCUCCUUUCUUCACAUCUGCGCCCAGGACAUCCCAUCCAGAGGUGUUUCUUACACUAAUAAAUAGCAACUUUUUCUUUCUGCCCUAUGUCUAACUUUUAUUUUGAAAGUGUUUCAUAAAUAUGUUUACCAAUGUUUUUUUUUUUUUUUUUUACAAAUUUGACCGACAUCAGCACUUGUUCAAAUAACCCCUCACUACCUGUAUCACCAGCAUGUUAACGUGUUUACGUGUUUCUCUAACAGACGUUUCCACCCUUGAUGUAUUUGCUGCAGGUGUUAUUUUCUGUCUGUACAAGAUGAAGCUGCCUCAUGACAAAUCACCAUGAGUUUAUGCUAUUAGCGGGUUGCAGCUGACACAUUGUUACUCAUAAGCCACUUUUCUCAGGACUUUUUUGUAGAUCUGAAAGGACUAAAUUGUACUCAUGUGGUAAUGCCAGUUUUACAGUCAUGACGUAACAAACUUAGUUCAGUUGAAUUUCCACACAGGAUCUAGGGUGUUAAAUAUCAUGUCAUGUUAGAUUAUAGAUGUAUUAGCACAUGUUUUGGGCUAUGCAUUGUGCCUCUGUCAUACGAGGUUUAAUUAUGAACUGUAUUCAGACAUUUAAAUGGUAUUCUGCUGUUCUGUUUUACUUUCUCCUUAAGUCUCUGUGUGUUUAUUGGGCUCGGAUAUAGUGUAUUUCUCGUUUCAUAAUUAUGCCUAAUGACCUGAUAAUGACAUUAAAAAGAAUUUAUAUUA